AGAGUUUGUAAGAACAUGAAUCAUUGAUAGUUGUUGUUUUUGUUUUUGUCAUCACACAUUAUUUUUUUUUUUAAUAGUAUAAAAGUUGGUGGCAAUGGGAAUGAUAGAAAUGGUGGUAGCAGUGGUAAGAGAUUCAUACCGUUUACAUUGUUAAAAUUUUUACAGUACGUACAGCCACUACAGUAGUAAUGGUAGUAAUUUCAGUUGACUUGUUUGUUUUUAUGUUUAUAAAGUGUAUACUACUCAGAUGAGUUAUCAUAUAAGUUUAGAUGAGUUCAGAUCAGAGUAAAAAGAAAGAGACAAGUGAAUGUUGGUUGCACAUUAGUACAUACACCAGUGCAACAACUAAAAUAUUAUCAUUAUUAUUAUUAUUAAUUAAAGAUUGUUUUAUUAUGUUUGCAUUUACAUCAGCUGUUUUACUGCCAUGCGAAUAGUAAUGACAGCUCGAUUUUAAAAAAAAUAAAAACCUUUAAUCUAUAUAACAUCGAUGGCUUUGAUGAUAAUGUUUUUAAAAACAAACGACAAAUAAUAAUAAUAAUCAUAAUAAUAAUAAUAAUUUAUGUGAGUUAUUUGGAUAAAAUUAAUAUGAACGGAAGCUUGGGUGGACACCGUGGUCCAGAGCAACAUCCAACAAGAUUUGCUGAUUAUUUUGUUAUUUGUGGACUUGACAAAGACUCUGGCCUUGAACCUGACAAAUAUUUUGGAGACUCAUUGCAGUGUACACCAUUAGAUCGUGCUUACAAAAGCAAAGUAUUGGGACAUUAUCCAGAUUCAGUACCUUGGAAUCCAUUUGAUGAGCAUGCAGUUUGUAUGUUAUGUCUACCAAGUGGACUCAGGUUCCGUACGCAAAAGCACUCAGUUGAGCCGUCCUUUCAUUCAUUCGUCCUAACCAAAGAAGAUGGUCGUAGAACUUAUGGAUUUAGUUUGGUAUUUUUUGAAGAAUGCCGGAAUCGAAAAAUUUGUGCGGCAAUGCAAACUCUCCAGGCUAUGUUUAUAACAGAGCUAAGUAGUGGACAAAAUGGAACACCGCCAGUACCGAGAAAGGGCCAAGAUCCACAUAAUACUAGAUCAUUGCCGAGACAUUUUAAAUUGUCUGCUCAUUCGCCUGGGGCUGCCAUGGCCUAUUACGAUUCAACAAAAGACAAAUUGCUGGUAACCAAAUCAAUAUCAUUGCUGUGUCAGCAACCUUAUCUACACGCUGCUCGUACAUUCCUAACCAAUCUUUACAAAUGUGUUCCAAGACAUCCAGGACCUGGAUUAAGUCUUGAAUCUUAUGUUUAUAAUCUUCUUUAUAAUGUACCAGUACCAUUACCAGGAAAAUCACUGAAAUUUUUUGUUCCAAAUGAUGAACCAGCAAAAUCACCAUUGGAACUUGUUAUUUUAUAUCCUUGUCCGUCCACGGAACUUCCUCUACUUGAUUAUCCGAUAAAAGAUUUGUUUACAUGGCUUGGGCCUGAAAUCGUUAUUCAAUUAUUUACAUGUGUACUCCUUGAAAAUCAAGUACUAAUUCGUAGUACUGAUUUUCAUAAACUCAUGGUUGUUGCUGAAUGUAUUACUGCCCUUUUAUUUCCCUUUACGUGGCAACACGUUUACGUACCCAUAUUACCGGCAAGUCUUCAUCAUUUUCUUGAUGCUCCUGUACCUUUUAUUAUGGGGUUACAUGCACAGAGUGAAGGAAGUAAUUUAAAAAUUGCCAGUGAGGCAAAUCUUUGUUAUGUAGAUAUUGAUAAACAGACUAGUCAAUUCCCAGAAGAGUUACCAGUUUUUCCAAGAAAAAUGCAAUUCCUUGCUGAAAUUAGAACACUUUUAAACAAGUACAAAAUACCCCAUUUUGAAAAGACUGAGAAUAUGGUCAUAAAUUAUUUAAACUCAGAUAUAAUGACAAGUAGUUUAACACUUCCUGGCUCUGGAUUUCAUAUACCACGGAGAAAACAUUCCCUUCAUGAUGUUUUGGAUUGGGAUAAUAAAUUAGGUACUACAAAUACUAAUAAUAUAACAACAGCAACAACAACAGCAACAUCAACAACAACAGCAGUAGCACAGUCUGACGCAUUGCAGAGGAUUGUUGAUAUUGUCAAAAAAACAGGAAUAAGUUUAGAUGACAUUGAUGCUGUUGAGAAUAUGACCAAAGAUGAAGAUAUAAUACUCACACCUAGAGAAGAAUACCAACAGACACUUGUAUUUAAUAAUGCUAUCAGAGAAAUUUUUUUAAAUCGUUUCGUACAAUUAUUUGCUGGUUAUGAUCAUUUUGUAAUACAUCCAAAUCAAGAUAAAGAUGAAUGGCUUAAUAAUCGAGAUAGUAUGCAUGUAUUUGAUAAAGCAACAUUUUUAUCAGAUCAACCAGCUCAACAUUUGCCAUUCCUAUCGAGAUUUAUCGAGACUCAAAUGUUUGCGUCUCUUGUUGAUACCAAAGUUAUGUCAUCGUGGAAUCAAUUGGACUCUAAUAUUAAAAUUUUUGAUUUAAGAAUCGCACAAAUAAAAAAAAAAGUUGGUGAUGGAAUGAUUCGUUCGACACGUUAUCAAGUUACAAGUAAUGUUACGGAAAGUCAAAAAUCAUUGGAAUAUAAAUUAAAUAAUGUUGAUUUUGAAGCAAAUCCUCCAACAGAAAUACUUCCACAUCGAGCUGCUUACUUUAGAAGCUUUCCUCUUCUUGAUACAGUAUCACUCAACAAAGAGCCAACACAAAGUAGAAAAGGUCAAACUCAGUGGAAGUACAAGAUGAAAUCUUUAGAGACAAAUGGAAAACAACCUAUACCUCAAGAAACUCAAUCUCCACGACCACAAACAAAACUUUCGGCAGAUAUGAGCCCUGCUUUGAUUGCUCAAGCUAAUUGGACAUUUGUCGAAAAAUUGCUUAAGGAUUGUAAAUCUAAAACAAAACGAAUGUUGGUUGAAAAAAUGGGAUCAGAAGCAGUUGCUCUUGGCCAUGGGACUGAAUCUCUAGUAGACGUUGAGGAAAAUACUUUGGUUGCCAGUCUCUGUGAUUUAUUGGAGCGAGUUUGGAGUCAUGGAUUGCAAAAUAAACAAGGAAAAAGUGCCCUUUGGUCACAUUUAUCAAUGUAUCAAGAGUUGGAAGAUUGCAAUGACUCUGCCAAGUCUAUUGAUCCAAAUUUUUUGUCUCCUGACACAAAACCAUCAAAUAAAUCUUUCACAUUGAAGGAUCGUCUAUUAUCAUCAAUAAAAAAGAGAAAUAUAUAUGAGAUAGCUUCUUAUAUCAAGGAAAAUCUUAAUGAUUUAUCGAAUUUGGCAUUAGAAACUGACGUAUCUCCAACAAGAGGAACAGCAGAUAGAAACAGAUCAUCAACUGGGGAAAGAAAAUCAAUAGGCCCUGAACAGUUGAGACCUCUUCCAGAUUCUUUAAUAUUCGAUAUUCGAAAUGUACAAGCUAUGACUGAAAUAAAAACCCAGAUUGGUUAUGCAAGGGCAUGGGUUAGACUUGCACUUGAAAAGAAACUACUCUCACGACAUUUAAAGACUCUACUAACCAAUACUACAUUAUUGAGAAAUCAAUAUAAACGAUCAGCAUUUCUUCGAUGUGAAGAAGAAAAAGAACAAUUUUUGUAUCAUUUACUGACUUUGAAUGCUGUUGAUUAUUUUUGUUUUACAAAUAAUUAUCCUACAACAAAAUUACCUUAUCGUGUUAUAAUAUUUCCCAGUAGAAAAGCCAGCGCUGCAACAACUUCAGCAAAUGGAUGGAUUGUUAUAUCAGGUACAUUAUGUGAAACAAAUCCAGUGUCAAUACCAAAAGGAGCAUUGGAAUUUGUAUUUCAUCAUAAAAAUCUUGGAGUUUUAUCAACAUUAAGAAUAGGUCAUGAUAACAGUGGUUUAUCACCUAAAUGGAUGGUUGAGCAUGUUGUUGUACGUAAUGAAGUUACUGGACAUACAUUUAAAUUUCCAUGUGGUCGUUGGCUUGGACGAGGUAUAGAUGAUGGUUCUACUGAAAGAUUACUUGUUGGUGGUUUGGUACCGAAAAAUAUUGAUAAUGAUGAACUUGUUGAAACUUGUUCAACUCCACCACGAUGUAGAUCACCAAGUAUACCACGUAAUAAACAAAAUUUAUCAUCAGAUGAAUUACAGCAUGUAUUGGGUGAAGCUGUUAAUGCUAUUGUUAAAUUUCAUUAUCGACGUGAUCAUCAAGAUGGAUCACUUACUGCUUUAUUGUGUGGAGAAGGCGGACUUGUACCAUCAUUGGAACAAACAUUUUUGUAUGGAUUUAAAAAUCAACGUAUAUUUGGUAAAAAUUUUUAUUUAUGGGAUUAUUUUAUCAGAGUUAAAGAAAAUUUUGAAAUGUCAUUGUUGGAAGAAAUGGAUCAAUACUCAAAGAGAUUAAAUAAAGAUAAUGAUAGAAAACUUUAUGCUGAAAAUAAUAAAAAAUUUACAAUAUUACGUUGUUAUUGUCAUCUUAUUGACCAAAUAAAUACUUUUAGUCAUACUUUAGGAAAAGAUGGAAAAUUUCAGUUAUUUAUAUGUUUAGCUGCAAGGGAACAACUUCUUCAUCCAAUGUUACGUCCAAUGAGUGAUGCACGAUCAACAGCUGAAAUGUAUGAAGAUACAUCAUUUUUGAAAAAUCAAACAUUGUUAAAUUUUCUUAUUCACAUUUUGGAGCCGUUAAGUGAAUUUCACAUAGUCCUUGAAAAAAGUUUAACUCAUGGAAUUUCAAGUAUAUGUUAAUUUUAAAAGACUAAAAUAGUAUCGAUAAUAUAUAAUUGUUAUCUGAGGAACCACAACAUAAAUUAAAAUAAUAAAAUAUUGUUAAUAAUAAUAAGAUAAUUAAAUGGGAAUCUAUCUAUCUAGUGAAACUUGUUGCGUUGAUUAAAGACUGUCCAGUGUAAUUAUUAAAAAUAAAUGUUUCUAGCAAAAGUAACAUUUAAAAAUAAUAAUUAAUAAUAUUUAUAUGUAAUUGCUAUGUCAGGUAAAUCUUGUCUUGGAUCCAACCAAAGAUAUUAUUAUUCUAGUUAUAACUGUCUAAGUAAUAGCAAUUGUGAUUUUAUGAAAUUUUAACAUGACAUUUUUAAUAUACCCUUUUUUUUAGUUUUAUUUUAUUAUAUCAGUUACAAUGAGAAAAUAUACUCAAUUAAUUUUUAUGGCUUUUUAAAAACUUUAUGAUAAAUUUGUCAAGUAACGAAAACGUAAUUAUAAAUGCCAACAUAUUUUAUUAAGAAUUAGACAAUAUAUUUAAUAUUUAUUAACGGCUAAUAAGGCCAUACUCGAAAAAAAAAAAAAUUCAACCUUUUAAAUUUUCAUAU